AGUCAAAAAUUUGGUUUCGAAGAAAACCUGUUCUGUUUCUUCCUCACUUUUUCAAGGCAAGACCGGAGACCAAAAGGAAGAACCGGAURCAACGGUUCGUCUCUCGAGAACAAACCGCAAGUGGUAAGCUCUCGGCAACACCAGGAAUCGACAAUGGGCUGGAAACCACCACCGAUGUUCGGUGGGGACAACCAAGAGAAGAGCGAUCGGGAAGCACCACCGAUGGCAAUGGAUGCCACCUGGAAGGCGUCGAAGGCCACGGCAAUAGAGAAAACUGCUGGCGAAGGGUACAAUCCUUCCGUGCUCGGGUCGUUUCCGCCCCCCGCGAGGAGGAAYAGCCUCGAAUCGAUUGCAUGGAGGCCUCCCGCAUCCUUUGCCACUAUCGCAGAGGRGACGGAGGAGAGAGUCGACAACGACGACRACGACGACGAAGGRGAAGCCACGAAGCAAACCGCGGAGAAAGAAACGGGUGCAACAACAGAAAUCGUUGCAAGAAAYCGAAGCGGGGAGAACAAAUGUGGCAUCGAUCCAGGUCCGACACCAAMCGGCGUUGGCACGGUCGAAACCGAAGAWCGAAGUAUCAUCGGGAGACACGCCAUGGAUGGAAACGGCAAAAGAACGCGAACGCUUGCAGCCGAGGACUUUCGGCCGUUUUGGAACGAUAUUGCCCGCUACGUUGUAUCAAAAGGASCCAAARCGGAUGAUGGUGCCAUCACUACUCUGAAGGAACAACUACGCAGCGGCAACCACCGCAACACUCUCGGCAAACCGGAGGACGAGGAGAUGAUUUUGUUCGAGGCAUUGACAGCAGCGAUGGAAGAAGGGGGAGGAAARUUUUGUGGAAUGGAUCGAACGCAACUCCAAACACAAACRCAARCSCAAGCCCAAGCCCAAGCCCAAGCACCGUCAAACGAAAGAGAGCUAUUUGCCCUCUGGGAGGGCGUCCGUCUAGCUGUUUGUGCAACCAACCGGCUCGCGGCAUUUUUCUCGGAGAUUUCCGCGCCACAGGCCGUGCCACCCCCGAAACGAUUUCCUUCGAUGCGGGCCAUGUCCAUUGCCCAUGCGCGAAAACAGUGYGAUGCUGUCCUUUCCUCAAACGAUCGCCCUGCAUCAUCUAGACGAGAGAAAAAAGAAGCAAAUCCUUCGACAUCGUUAGCAGCAUCUACAGCAGCAGCAGCAGUAGCAGCAGCAGCAGCAGCACCAGAGAGCCAUCAACGCCGACUCGGAUCUCUUCGGGCAAUGUCUAUAGCCCUUAUCCACAGGGAACGUUGUGUUACGGUAGACGAUGCCACAAAUGCACCAACGGCCGCGAUCGACCAGAACCAAAUCGACGCGAAAGGAGACGCGAGCAAAAUCAAGAAAUUACUCGAAGAACUCGAAGAAGCGGAAAAGUACCAGCGUAGACUCGAGCAACAAUUGCAGAAAGCGGGUGUAGUGAUUGCCGAGGACAUYCCGUACGAUGUCGCGAAACAAAAAGUUUUCCAGAUUGGACAGCGCAUGGGCGAAUUGCACAGCGGAGGGGACGGUGGAGACAAUGGCAGAGAAUACUUCAAACUCGAACAAGAAAUGGAAAAAUACAUCGCGGCACUAGAAUUAACGGAAGAGUGGAUUGAAGAACAAGCCGAAGAMGAACGCAAAUGGGAAGCGGCGAUGGAAGAAGAGAACAAUCUCGCUCUGAAAAGAGUACUGCGACACAUGCCGGUAGAUGUACGAAACCGAGGGGAACUCCAAUUGCGUGCAAGUCCAACACCGAAUGGAAGAUACAUUUCUCGGUCGAUAKCACAAAAAUUCAAACGAACCAAUUGCCUUCAGUUGCUCAGGACGGACCCCAACGAGAUGACCAGGUGGCAUCCCGCAAUGUUUGAAAACCUGCGGGUGACCGGAUUGACACUUACCGAGCGCAGGGCUUUGCACCACCACCUGAAAACACUCGGAUACCAMUGGAAAGAACAAAGCGGGGGAAGCGGAGACAAAAUGACCGAACGAAAACUCGUGUGGUUCGAAACUCUGAAGACAAAUUUUAGGGAUUCCCUUCUGGCAUACGAGCGACACAUCAAUAGGUACGGCCCACCCGAAAAUCACAACUGUCCAAUGAUUGGACGUCAGUGCCCGCUAGAGGCCGACAAAACCAUKGACUAUUCUGGAGACUACGGUUACCCAGAAAAUUCUGAAUAUUUCGAAGAAACCAACGACGAUGUCUCAAAGUCGAACAGUGAUGGUGGCACCGAGCCUACAGAGRAAAAAAAAUCGAUGCYUUGCUCUACUUCAAUUUCCAGGGAAAAUGCUCGGGGCGAGAAAGAAAGAGGCGCAGGAGUUGAUCCAAUACUAUCUCAUGGCCAGGACCUCCGACGAGAAGGAGAACUGAGCGAACUUCAAGGUCUCGACCGAGGCCGAGGCGGACGAGGCACGGGAAGAGGGGGAUUAAUAAAUGAAAUYCAAGGCCGAGGCCGAGGUGGACGAGGCAUGGGGAGAGGGGGUUUGCUGAACGAAAUCCAAGKCCGUGGACACGUUGGAAGGGGCCGCGGUGAAGGAGGAUUGGGAGGUCGAGGCGGACUACUGGCAGCAAUCCAGUCUCGCGCAAAGGAAACGAAAAGGAAUCAACWGUGGUAACCACAUCUUGCGUUUCGCUUCCUUUCCAUUCUUCAGUCACGAUUUCACUGCGAAUCUACCUCCCUGGUUGGAACCAAAKCUAUCCUGAAACGCUUUGAA